CUUCAUAGCAGAUAAUUCUAUAAUAACUCCGCUGUCAUCAAAUAGUUAUUAUAUGGGGUCUUAUUAAGAUAAAGAUUAUACUGUUAGCCGUAAAGAUAAAGGAUUUUAUUGUUGUGUGUAGAAAAGGAGGUGUUGUUGGAGUUUUUCGCGUAUUUGCUGUAAGAGUGUCACUUUAACAGUUCACCACUCUGUGCAGCAGUGCAGCGGAGACUCAUUCAAGAAUUGUGUUUAAAGAAGAACAAACAUGUCCAACGACUUUGUGAAUUUUAAGAUCCGCGAGGAAUGCGAGAUAUUCCAGUGGUCCGACAAGCAGCUACGGGAGGUCAUGGUGCGCCUCCAUGGCGCCAUUGAGAAUGGUCUCGGCAGAGACACUCAUGAAUCAUCCAUCGUAAAGUGCUGGAUCACUUACAUACAAGACUUGCCCAAUGGAAAAGAACGCGGUAAAUUUUUGGCGUUAGAUUUGGGCGGAACCAACUUCAGAGUAUUAAUAAUAAAUUUAGGUGAUAAUCACUUCGACAUGCAGUCCAAAAUUUAUGCCAUACCUCAAAACAUCAUGACUGGUACUGGAAUAGCUCUGUUCGAUCACAUAGCUGAGUGCUUAGCCAAUUUUAUGAAGGAACAUGGAGUGUAUGAAGAACGUUUGGCGCUCGGAUUCACAUUUAGUUUUCCGCUAAAACAACUUGGUCUCACGAAAGGCAUUUUACAACGUUGGACCAAAGGAUUCUCUUGCUCUGGCGUUGUCGGCACAGAUGUCGUCCAGGGAUUAAAAGACGCCAUCGCGAGACGUGGGGACGUACAGAUUGACAUAUGCGCUAUUCUGAAUGACACCACGGGUACAUUGAUGUCUUGCGCGUGGAAAAACCACAACUGCAAAAUAGGACUCAUCGUUGGAACCGGCAGCAACGCGUGUUAUGUUGAGAAGACGGAAGCCUGUGAAACAUUUGAAGGAGGAUUGAGCAAACAAGACAUGGUUGUAAACACAGAGUGGGGAGCAUUUGGAGAUGAUGGAGCACUUGAGUUCCUACGCACAGAGUUCGACCGCGAAAUUGACCAACAUUCCGUUAACCCAGGCAAACAAAUUCAGGAGAAAAUGAUAUCUGGCAUGUAUCUCGGAGAAUUAGUUCGUCUUGCGCUCGUGAAGUUCACGCGGAUGGGUCUACUCUUUGGCGGUCGUGGGUCGGAUCUUUUCUUCCAACGAGGCAGUUUCUACACUAAAUACGUUUCGGAAAUUGAGUCUGACAAACCCGGAGACUUCACAAGCUGUAUGGAGGUGCUUGAGGAAUUGGGCUUGUCCCAUGCGACAGAGGCCGACAUGGCGGCAGUGCGACAUGUGUGCGAGUGCGUCUCGCGGCGGGCGGCCCACCUCGUGUCGGCCGGGCUCGCGGUCCUCAUCAACAAGAUGGGAGAGCCCCGCGUCACCGUCGGCAUCGACGGCUCCGUCUACAGGUUCCACCCGCACUUCCACGCGCUCAUGUGCGAGAAGAUCGCUCAGCUCGUCCGGCCCGGGUUACAGUUUGACCUUAUGCUGUCAGAGGACGGCAGCGGGCGCGGGGCGGCACUGGUGGCGGCGGUGGCGUGCCGCGAGAUCCAGAAGGCCGCGUAAGCCGCUGACCCUCUCCGUCCCACUGUACCUUCACCACCGGCGUGGCUGGGAUCUCACGUUUCCUAGGUUAGGCCGUAGCUCGAGUGAGGCUUUCCCAAAGAUGUUGGCCUUUUUAACAGUAGUGACCAAAGUAUUUAUUUCGAUCAGAUGGAAACAGUCCGGACUAGAUGCUGGACAUCUUAGUUUUUUUGUGGGACGGAAGUAACGAUCCUAAAUCAGCUUUAUACUCCCAUACGUUCGGGUUACAUAAUUAGGAUAAUAUAUAGAGUAUAGCCUUAAAGUAGCGCACCAAAGACGCGACUGCGCUUGUCCGGUCUGGCGACGUUUAGAUAGAUAUAAUACAUGUUAUUGGUCUCAAAUAUAUUAUAUCUUAGGAAAUCGCCUCUAGCGGUCCGAGCAUUUUAAUGUAAGCACAUGUAUAAUGUAUAUGGGCCAGUAGAUGAAAGAUCGCUUCCGAAGAUAUUCUGGGAAGUCAUCAGCUUGUGUGUACUACUAUAUUCGUAUGUCCUAAAAGUACUUUUUAGAUGGACACUAAGAUCCUAACUUAAAAAGUUUUAUAUCGAUGUUGAAAAGAUUUUAUUGUACUUAUAUUUGUAAUUAGUCUAGUCACAAACCAGGAUUAAGUUAUCUGUUGUUAAAUCUUCCUCAGUCUUAUUUUUUUUUUUCCUUUCACCAUUUACUUCAUUGAGGUUAAGUAUUUGUAAAAGACUGAACACUCCAUCUGCUUGUCCUGGUUUUACAUUUGAUCUUAGUGUCGGUCUGCAUCAUGCUCUGCUCUGCGUUCCCAAAUUGCAGUUCUAUAGCCAGAAAUACAGAGACCUGGCCCCUGGCCCAAUCAUCAGCGAUGUGUUUCCUUUUAUUAGCAAUAAGUAGAUAAAAAAUGUACUUUAACGGAGAGAAAGCUCUUGUAUUUUAUAAUGCUGUUCAAGUUUGAGUAAGAAAAUAUUGUUAAAUAUAUUAGUCUUAUACACAACAUCACAUACGAAAAGCAAACUAUCUGUUGAUACCAUUAUUUAUUUAAGUAUUUUUAUACAAAACAAACGAAUAUUUAGCACAAGCUACCCUAAGUCCAAGACUUAAGCAUUGUGAUGCCAUAAGAAAUUAUUUAGAAGAGUUUUAUAGAUAACAUUGUAUGUAACAUUACACGAGAAUCUCAGUUACGUCUCUGCGGAUAUUGUAAGUGUAGUGUGCCAUUGUUUUGAUCAUUCCAUGUAUAGGAGACCACCAGCAAUCACUUUCAUUUGUAUACCGUCUGGCAUCCACAUAGGUAGGUUCUAAGUAUAUCACAACACAAGGUAGUUUGCAAUUUUAUUUGUUUAUUAAUCAGUAAAUUAUUGAUUUAAAAUUCAGGAGAUUUUAUAAAAUGAUCCUUUAUCCCAGGUAGAAAAAACUGCAUUAAUAUAACUUUAGUUUAUUGAUAUUUAACUGUGAUAGAGCUAGACAUUAUGUUAUAAAGAUAUAAAGAUUUUUGUUAGACUUUGUUAUCUAAAACGUCUUAAUUUUUGGUGAUAUGUUUGACAUAGUUACUUAAUAAAUAAUAUCUACAAACACAUUGACAUAGCAUAGUUAAAAGAUUAUAAAUGUCAAAAUUGAGUCAGUUUUGUUUUUAUAUAAAUUUGGUAAAUAUUUACUUAAUUUCUCACGAUCACGUAAGCCCUCUUAAUCCAUAAUCAUCAUUAGUAGUUCCUUAGUUUUCAAUAGGUGCAUUUUUAAGUACGUAUGCGUAUUGUCAGUAUAAAUUUGUUGCAUGCUAAUAUGUAAAACAGUUCUUAUUUUAAAUUAUUUAGAAUUAAGUUCUACCUACUCUUUUUUAAGAUAUUUAGUAUCUAUGCAGCGCAUGAUAAAUACAUAAAGAGUAAAAGUCUGCUACUUAUUUAGCAGACUAAAAAUGAUAAAUACUAAGUUCAAACGAGUGAAAUUCCUGCACUCUUUAAAUUGCUAAGUUGUAAAAUUAAUCAUGUAUAUGAUUUGCUCAAAGCUCAAGCAAGAAAACGGUUUUAAGUUUUUAAAUUCUUAUUUACACCUUAAAAAUGAAUGUAUGAACCCUAGAAAUGCACAAAUAACCCGGUGUAAUCUUAUACAUUCGAUUCAUCUGAAUCAUGACUAAUUGAGCAGUAUUGUGUAUAUUUUAAUGAGUUAUAUCGCUACAUAAGUGUACCCCGCGUUUUUGAAGGCGAGAAUGUCUUACCAAAAAAUACAUAAAAACUUUAACAGUUUUUAUAUAAUAUUUUGUAAUAAAUACACGAAUUCAUUCCCGCACAAAGACCCCGGUACAUAGUAUGUAGGUAUACCUGCCUACUACAUUCAAUAGUCGUCAAGAUAGCAUUGGUAGUUGAGGUGCUCACAAAUAUCAGAAGAUCAGAGCAAUCUGAAAACGCCUUGACGUAAUAUGUGUACUCCGAUGUUUGGGAGCACUUGGCCGCAUCAAUAUCUAAAGGCGACUGAAGUGGUACAUAAGUGUCCGCGUGAAACGGCUAGUUCUACAUUCCAUAGGGCUUUUAAUGCUCCUAGGUUCAGUAUAGUCGUAUGAAUUCAUUAAAAAUCUAACCCAAACAGCAGAAAUGUACACACAUAUCACAUCAGUUAUUAAGAGACAAUAAUCAUGAUCAGUUGUAUGUAAAUAGGUUUAGGUUUUUGUUAGUAUGGCCUGGCGCCCGAUUUGGUUAUUGCUUCAUUACAUUAUGUAAAUUAUAAAUAUGAAUAGAUAUCUAUGUAUUAAUAAAUAUCAUGAAUUAAUUUAUGUGAAAGAGAUAAUGAAUGUAGAUAGCUCUUUUUUUUGUGUGAGAGCUGUGAGCAAUGUUACUUAUUUCAAGAAUAAAUUUAUAUAAAUUUA